AUGUCCUUCAAAUCCAUGAGAAUAAGCCACGCAGGCUCAUUUUCAGGUACAAGUGAUCCUAUCAAAAAAGACGUCUGCUCAGAGUGUGGGAAGAGCUUUAAGUUCAAGAGUGAACUCAAAAAACACCAGCGCAUUCACAAUGGAGAAAAAACGUAUCAGUGCUCACAAUGUGGGAAAAGUUUUACAACACCGAGUACACUUAAAAGACACCAGCGCGUUCAUACUGGAGAAAAACCUUAUAACUGCUCACAGUGUGGGAACAGUUUUACAGCACUGGCAUAUCUGAAAGUACACCGGCGCAUUCACACUGGAGAAAAACCUUAUUCCUGCUCACAGUGUGAGAAGAGUUUUACUACACAGGGUCAUCUGACAUUACACCAGCGCGUUCACUCUGGAGAAAAACCAUAUCAGUGCUCACAGUGUGGGAAGGGUUUUAUUGAACUGACUGCACUCAAAAUACACCAGCGCAUUCACACUGGAGAGAAACCUUACCAAUGCUCACAGUGUGAAAAAGCUUUUAGUCGACUAAGUCAUUUUGCAAGACACCAGCGCAUUCACACUGGAGCAAAACCAUAUUACUGCUCACAGUGUGAAAAAUGUUUUAGUCGACAGAGUCAUCUCGAAAUACAUCAGCGCAUUCACACUGGAGAGAAACCAUAUCAGUGCUCACAGUGUGAAAAAAGUUUUAGUCGACAGAGUCAUCUUAAACAACAUCAGCGCAUUCACACUGGAGAGAAACCAUAUCAGUGCUCACAGUGUGAGAAGAGUUUUACUACAGAAGGUUAUCUGAAAAUACAUCAGCGCAUUCACACUGGAGAGAAACCAUAUCAGUGCUCACAGUGUGAGAAGAGUUUUAUAACAGACAGUUAUCUGAAAAUACACCAGCGCAUUCACACUGGAGAGAAACCGUAUCAGUGCUCACAGUGUGAAAAGAGUUUCAUAACAGAAAGUUAUCUGAAAAUACACCAGCGCAUUCACACUGGUAAAAGACCUCAUCAGUGCGCACAGUGUGAAAAGAGUUUUGAUAAACCAAGUCGCCUCAAAAAUCACCAGCGCAUUCACAUUAAAGCAAAACCACAUCAGUGCUUAGAGUGUGAAAAGAGUUUUGAUCGACCAAGUGGCCUAGAAAGACACCAGCGCAUUCACAGUAGAGGAAAACCGUAUCAGUGCUCACAGUGUAAAAAGAGUUUUAAUCGACCAAGUCACCUCAAAAGACACCAGCGCAUUCACACUAGAGCAAAACCGUAUCAGUGCUCACAGUGUGAAAAGAGUUUUGAUAAACAAAUUUGCCUCGACAGACACCAGCGCAUUCACACUGAGGACAAAGCGCAUCAGUGAGGAAAGAUUUUUACUGAGCAAAGAACUCGACAAAUAAAGGGAAGUGUGUUUGUGCUGAGGGGAGACUUUAAUGAGACUAAGUGAACUUAAAAAUCACCAGCGCAUUCACACUGAAGAGAAAACAUGUCAGUGCUCACAGUUUGGGAGGAGUUUUAAGUGUUUAAUUUAUUUUCAAUGUUCUUCCUUUUCUUUUAGUACCAGUUUGUAGACUGAACUAUAAAACCCUCUUAAGAGCAUGUGUAGGAGAGGGCUUGUGUAGGGCAAAACGUCCAGACCAGGACCAGAGAUGGAAGAUCUUCCUUUACUGGUGCAGCUGUAGUUCUGGCUGGUAUGAAAGUAGUGUCAUCAUUCUAAGUAACCCCAGAUCACUGACUGUGGUGGAACCAUUACCAUGUGAAGUGUAAUAAUGUAAUUCUGUGUAUGAGUUUCCAUUCAUUCCACUUUAAAAAUAUCAUAAAACUUAGUUCAUUGUAAAUGUAUUUUUUGUUAUAAAACGGAUAGUUCCGGUCCUAAAAUCUGAUUGGCUGAGCCGCGUUGGAAGCCAUUGUAAAAUCCCCGAUAAACUCACACCUAUGACCAGCUCACAUAAUUCCAUAUUAAUACACCACUGAAAAGAAAAAGUACAAACUUGGUUGAACACUAUUUAAAGUCAUGCACUAUAGAUGGAAAUGUCCAGAUGAAUAUGAACAGUAAUCCUGAUCAUUAAGCGUGUGUUUCGUCCAGGAAAUAGUCUCAUAGUGCUUGUGGAGGAAUGUUUAUUGUGAAUGUUAUGUUCACCCUCAUGUUGUCUAGCAACACUGUUAACGGACGACCUGGUGUCGGUGAAGAAUGCUUUUUGUAAGUGUUAUCUGUAAAUAAAAACAUUUAUAAAUUGAACAUUGUUGUAUUUUAUUAUAUU